GAAGGCUACGCAGCGUGCAAUCCCAUGCAAGUCGGAUUUGCGCGCGCCUUCUGCGACAUCCACUGUGUGCGGGAUGCCGUGAUCCGUGGCGAUCGGUCCAUCAUCCGGAACCUCGAGAUGGCAACGAAGAAGACCAACAACAACUUGAAGGCUCUGGUCAAGUGGUCAGUCGAUGCGUCUCACACGGACAUCGGGUGGAUUGGCGAGAAGCUGGACUACAUGCACAUCAUCAACACCGCCUACAUGCAGGAAAUCCAC